GUCUGUCUCCCUUUCCAGCGACACAAGUCGAAGAAGCCAACUCCCAAACCAAAAUGUUCAAAUUGUUCGUUCUCGCUGCUCUCUUGGCCGUGGCUGCCGCCAAGCCCGGACACCUGGCUGCUGCUCCUGUGGUCUACAGUGCACCUGCCACCACCACCGUCGUCCAGGAGCCCGUCCUGGCUAAAGUUGGUGCCGUCGUAAAGAGUGUGCCCACUGCCGUUUCCCACCAGAGUGUGACCCAGGUGCACAGCACCCCAGUGGUUGAGGAUGUGGUUGCCCCUGUGGUCAGGACCACUGCUGUUCACUCUGCUCCCGUCGUGGCUGCCGCCCCCAUUGUCAAGACUGUGGCUCCCGUUGCCUACUCUGCUCCUGUGGCCUACUCCGCCCCGGUAGCCUACUCCUCUUACUCCGCCCCUCUGACCUACUCCGCGCCGGUGGCCUACUCCGCGCCCCUCUCCUACGCCGCCCCUGCACCCCUGCUGCACCACGCCCCUCUGACCUAUGCCGCCAGCGCCUGGUAAAUGUGUUGAAGAGAACGAAAGAUUUUGAACUGUGCCUUGUUAAGUAAUUUGAAAAAAGUCAAAAACGAAAAUAUAAUAAAUUAAAUGUGAAAAAUAAA